GUUGGGAUUUUUUACUACGGCUGUCUGAAGACUUCAACUCCGAACGGCUCAAUAAUUUUUCACUCUCGUUUUGUGAGCUUGCUUUAUACUUUUAUUUCGGUGUCGAAAUUCCCGGUCUUUUGAUCUUUUUGAUCUGCAACUUAUAAACUUCUUUCUCAAUCUUUCUCAAUCUUUUUAUCUUCAUUUAGUCACUUUUUCACGUUUUCACCAAAAAUGUCUUCCAGAUUGGUUAAGUUCGGCUUGCCUGAUGCCUCAGCAUGGCACUUUCCUACUUUGGACACUCCUGUCCCAUCCAGUCCGUUCACUUCAGAAUGGUUGUCGAGUAUCUUUGCCUCGUCUAUGAAUGUGACCACUCCCUUGACUAUUGCUAUAGUCUACUUCUCCUCGGUUCACUUCAUCAACCCAAUUGUCAAGAAUAGACAGUUGAGAAAGUACUACGAGAAGAACCCUUCUGAGAAGAAGUCCAGUAAGGAACCUAAAAGAGUGCCUGCUGCUCCUUACGCCAUCGCCAGAAAUCCUCUUUUCAAGGUUUUUGUCUUGUUGCACAACAUCUUUUUGUGUGUCUAUUCUGUCUGGACCUUUAUCGGCAUGACAGCUUCGAUCGUUAACACCAUGGGAGUAUUCAAGGGCGACAUCUUACCAACCUUCUACGCUUCUUUGAACAGAGACACCUACACUUUCAAGAAGUUUGAGUUGUUCUUCCAGUCUGUUUGUGACUCUAAGCAAGGUGUCUUUUCUAGAAUCAUCUCGAACGACCAUCACAAUCUUGAGGUCUUUGGUUGGUGGUUCUACAUUUCCAAAUUCUACGAAGUCAUUGAUACUAUUAUCAUCUUAUUGAAAGGAAGACCCUCUUCGUUGUUGCAGAGUUACCACCAUGCUGGUGCCAUGAUGUGUAUGUGGGCUGGUAUCAGAUUCCAGUCGCCUCCUAUCUGGAUUUUUGUUGUGUUCAACUCUUUCAUUCACUCGUUGAUGUACUUUUACUUUUCCUUGAGCUGCUUGCAUAUCCGUGUUCCAACGUUAUUCAAAAGAGUAUUGACUUCGAUGCAAAUCACGCAGUUCGUUGUCGGUGGAAGUAUUGCUGUGUUGCACUCCUUUGUGUGGAUCAUCGAUACCUCGGAAUACGUUAGUGAAGACAACUUGCGUUUGAUCAGUUGCAUUAGCACUCCUGACCAGGCCCUUCCUGUCUUGAUCAACGUGGCCUACUUGGCUCCUUUGACUGCAUUGUUUGCUGCAUUCUACAUCGAAAGCUACCUUAAGCGUAAAUAGGCUGCCUUCACGCCCCGCAUCUACUCCUAUAGAACACCUAGACAGAGUUAUUACUAAAUAAAAUUUCAUAUAUGAUUG